CCCACCGGACCACAUCAGCCACUGACCCGUGUUUGCUAUGUAGGUCAUUUCUGGUGGCUUCUUAGGCACUUAUGUGAACAGGGACCCUACUAUGUCCAAGUACGCAGCACUCGACCAAUAAUACGAACUUCAGACUAAGAGAUUGAUAGGACGUGGUUACACUAAUGAACUUAAACAAACUUCGAAAGCUACAAGGCUUGAACCACAUGUCGGUAUAGCUCAGAAUCCACUGCUUACGGCUCUGUGGUAAGACUGCCCUGUUCGAAGCCCACAAGAGCACAGCAUGGCGACCCAGGUGGCGAUCCAAACUCUACACGAUGCCAAGAUGACUCGAUCCGCUGAGAAGAAACAGCUCUCUAUCCUCAACGGCCGCCUCGCCUCCUACAUCGUAAAGGUGCAGGCCCUAAACCAGAGCAACACCGCCCUAGAGAGUCAGCUGCAGGCCGUCCAGGCCAAAGCUGCCCCCGUAAACAAGGGGAAGUACGAGGGGAUGCUGAGUGAGCUGCGCGCUCAGGUGGACGAGCUGUCGAAGCAGAAGGCCCAGGUGGAGGUCGAGAGGAACAGCUGGCAGACACAGGCAGAGGAGUGGCAGGGAAAGUGCGAAUAUCAGAAAUCGGUGCGCUCCGAGCUGAAUGCCGAAAUCAAGAAGAACAGAUUAGCACUGGAAAUCAUCACAGCGGCGCGUUCGGGCUUCGAGAGCAGGCUGGUGGCCGCGCAGGGAGAGAUCGAGGCUGUGAAUAAGAAUAACUCUGCGGGGAUAACAGCUCUGCGGGAAGAGUUGGCCCGGACUGUGACUGCGAUAGAGGCAAAGCAGGCGGCUGUGACUGGACCGGACCUCAGCAACACCCUGAGGGAGAUCCGUGAGCAGUACGAGGUGGUCGGCCAGGCGAACAGGCAGGAUGCUGAGGCAAAGUACAGGGAGAAGUUUGCGGAGAUAGCCCUGCAACGGCAGAAAGACAGCGAGGCUCUGGCAGCCGCCAGGGCAGAAGUGUCUGAGUUCCAAAAGAAGAUCGACACCCUGAGGGCCGAGUCAGAGUCUAUCAGGAGCAAGAACCUCGCCAUGGAAAACAGCCUGCAGGUAACGGAGACCCGCAUACAGAAGGAGAUGGAAUCGUACAGGCAGACCAUAGGCAAAUGCGAGGCGCAGAUCGAGCAGAUGAAGCUGGAGACGGCACAAAAUCUCACCAACUACCAGGAGCUGAUGAACGUCAAGCUUGUGCUCGACUUUGAGAUAGCCGCUUACAGGAAGCUGUUGGAGGGAGAGGAGAUCAGACUGGCCGGUCAGGCUUAGUCGCCCCAGCCGGUUCAGACGGCCCAGAUCACCGAGCCAGUGGCGGCACCACCUCAGUAAAACUAUUCAAACCCCGUCAUGGGAGAACGUUAGGACAUAAAAUAAGAUUUUAUAGCGAGUCUCUAGUAGAUUAGAUUCAUGUCACAUUCAUCGGUACAAAAAAUAUCAAUCAAGGUACCGUCCAAGGAAGAAGAAAGAGGGCAUGUCAACAUAAAAGAUGGGUGGAUAAUAUCAGAGAAUCGACAGGCACGAGACAAAGUGAAACAAUGAGAAAUGCAGGAAACCAGUAAGGGUUGGGAAACUAGUUGUCAGAUCUUCCCUGGUGCCCCAAUCCUCGAAUGGUUACACAAAAAGCGCAAAUUUGAAAGAUGCUAUGGUUGGAUGGUUUCAUCAAUGGAUGUCCUCACAGUUCAUAUUACCCGCAAACACCGUUGCUAUUCUGGUAAGACAAUUACGAAACGGCAGCUAAACUGCCAGGUCAGUCAUGAUAUAUAUCAAGAGGAAAGCAUGUUUCUGCCUUACGUAAUGAUACACUAGGUUGGCGAGCAGCUUGGAUGACAAACAGCUACGUACAGAGUAUAAAGACAUGGAGCACCACAUGUAUAUUAGUGCACCUUGAUCGGAAACUACUGUGGUAUUUUUAGGAAAUAUAGAAGCAUGGAACGUAAUAAAAGAAGAUCAAACUUAAA